AUGGCUGACCCAACAGCCGAUCUCUCCCAAGGGCCGGUCCUUCUCUCCUUCUCUCUAUCCACGGCAAGCUUUACCCUGGCAACGACUGUUGUUCGCUUUUACGUCCGGCGGGGUAUCCACGGUGGUUUUGGGGUCGACGAUUAUACGAGUGGCGUGGCAACAGUAAUAGCACUGAUCGCAACCAUCUUUGGUAUUCUCGAGGGCACCGCCCCGGACGGGCCACGGGCCUUGCAGUUCAACGUGAUAGGGCAACCGUGGUAUCUCGUCAGCGUCACGCUCAGCAAGAUCUCGAUAUGCUUCUUUUUUAUGGAUCUUCUGAGGAGGGCAAGGCAGUGGCGGAUUCUGCUGGCCGGCUUGAUCGUGUUGAUGGCCGCUAUCAACCUGGCCUUUGCGCUGGUCGUGUACCUCCAAUGCCAGCCGUUGAAGAAGGCGUGGGAUCCAUCAGUGGCUGGUAGCUGCUCAGAUCCGAACAUACAGAUCCAUUUUGGUUACGCGCAAGGCGGUACGAUUCGGCUUCUUGCUUUACUCUGA